CACAUACCUCCUUGUCCUCCUCAUUUUCCACUCCAUUUUCCUCGAAUCCCGAGCUUGCCACCCUACGGAUAGAGAGGCUCUCCUCGAUUUCAAGAGAAGAAUCACUGCCGAUCCCUCGAAAUUGCUUGAGUCCUGGAUUCCUGACAAAGAUUGUUGCACUAGAUGGGCGGGAAUCGCGUGCGACACUUCAACGGGUCGAGUCCUGAAUUUGACCUGUCCAGGGCGUGAUUGGGACUCUGAAACGGGGCCCAUAGACACCUCAAUGUCUGGGACAUUGUCACCGUUUAUAGGGAAUAUAUCUUCUCUUCAAGUUCUUGAUUUGGGGAAUCUAAAGGAGUUAAAGGGGCGCAUCCCGUUUGAAUUAGGCAAGCUUGCGCUACUUGUUUUUGGACUCAAAUGGUCUUGAAGGGUUAAUCCCGAGCUCCAUUGAGGGGUUGAGUAUGCUACAAAUCCUCGUUCUUGGCAGGAACCAUCUCACGGGCCCGAUCCCCCAAAAUCUUUUCAACAGAUUGACAUCUCUCUCAGAAGUCUCGCUGGAGUGGAACAUGUUGUCUGGACCGAUACCGGCCUCGAUAGGAAAAUUGGUGGAGCUAAGAUACCUCAAUUUGAACAACAACAAAUUGAGCGGAAGAGUGCCUGAGUCCAUCGGAAGGCUUCAAAACCUCCAAACACUGGACAUGUCAGAAAACCAACUAUCCGGGCCCAUACCAAACUCAAUUGGAAACCUAUCCAAUCUCACAAAAUUCAAUCUCGGCUACAAUCGCCUCAGCGGAAGCAUCCCACCGUCCAUCGGAAACAUGAAAUCCCUCAAAUCACUCGGGCUAUCCGACAACGCACUCUCCGGCCCGAUCCCUAACUCCAUCGGCAAGCUACAGAGGGUUAAAAGUGUGUAUAUGAAAAACAACAAUCUGAGGGGCAACAUUCCCACAAGCAUUGGCGACAUGACUCUCCUGGAAGAAAUACAUCUCUCCAACAACAGCUUCACCGGCAAAAUCCCAGCAACCCUAUCCAGACUUGACAACUUACUCGACCUAGACCUAUCCAAAAACGGGCUUUCCGGCCCGAUCCCGCCCAUCCGCAAACUCAAUUACCUAGACCUUUCCUCCAACCCUCUAUCCCUCCGCGCAAUUCCUCCAUGGCUACAACAACUUCCCCUCGUCACACUCAACCUCAGCCAGACGGGCCUCGUGGGGCAGCUGCCCGAGUGGCUAUCCUCAUCGACAUUGUCGUCACUCGACCUCUCUGCCAACUCCCUCACCGGAGAACUCCCCGCCUGGAUCGGAAACAUCACAAGGCUAUCGUUCUUCAGCCUCUCCAGAAACCAAUUCAACUCAUCAUUCCUUCCUCAAAUCCGUAACCUCUCUAAGCUUUUUCAUCUUGAUCUCUCACACAACAACUUUUCCGGAGGAAUCGGAGAAUUUGGCACUAUGGCCUCUCUGUCUCAUCUCAUUCUCUCUCAUAAUCCGUUGCGAGGCAAGAUUCCGGAAUCUUUGGGGAAAUUGGGGUAUCUCUAUGCACUGGAACUCCAAGGAAACGGUCUGUCUGGGGAGAUUCCCAAGGAGCUGGCCGAGGCCAACAAUCUGCGUAUUGUUAAGCUGUCGGAAAACGGCUUGAGCGGGGAGAUUCCAGAGGGAAUCUUGAAUAUUGAGUUGCUCAAGGAGUUUGAUGUUUCCAGGAAUCGGUUGAGUGGGAAGAUUCCGCACCAUAAAAUCAAGUUGCCUGCUUCGUCGUUUGCUGGGAAUCCUGGUCUAUGUGGAGACCCCCUUGCUCCCUGCAAAAACUAA